AUGAAUUCGACAUUCGGUAAAACUUUCCUUUUUCUCACAAAUCUGGCGUGGAAAAGUCGAGUGACGCUUCCGGUGCUGAUAACAGCCGGUUUUAUGAUAUUGAACUUUCGCUGGGAGGUGGAAAUCAACAUCCACACAGAACGGAUAGCCAUCCAGGGGGUGAACGAUGGACGUGAUGGCGGCGGCGGAGGAGGCGGUGGCGUAGCAGCGAUCGACUACAGCUUGGAAGAGUCGUGGGAAACGACCGACGAGAGCGACGCAGAUGACGACGAUGAUGAGGAAGAUGAAACCGAUUACGAAGAAUCCGACGAUGACGACGACGACGACGGCAUGUACAGCGACGAUGACAGAGCGGAUGCCGAAAUUCGUCGGAUAGCUUUGGUUACCUUCUAG